AUGCUGCAACCAUUGAUGCACCCGCAAAGUCGAUCAUCAUCGGGAUGGUUUCAUGGCGAGGCAUCUUUCCGAAUGAUUUUUUUGAUCAUGAUGACAGUCUUGAUUCUUUCACUCGUUUCUUUCCAUCCCAAUGCUCCUUCUUCAUUAUUUCUAUCAUCCUCCAUGGUACAAGCUCAGAAAUGUGUGAGUCAUAGUUUUAAAUGUUGCCGAAAUGUACAAUAUCCCGUGAUGGAUAUAUUGGCAGAUACGUGGGAUCAACAAACGUGCCAAUUAAUUGAUUACGAAUUGAAAACAAAAUUAGCAAAUUAUAGCAAGGCUUGUCAGCAAGCUUAUGUAGAUUCGUUUUGUUUAUCAACGAUUGCUCAGUGUUGUAGCACUCAGCAACCUGUAUAUUAUCAUGUCUGUUCCAGUGUGUGUCAAAAUAUGCUGGCUCACUGUGGAUCUGCAUUUAACAUGACUGCAUGCAAGAUGUCACCUCCUUUCUAUCCACCACCUUGCAAUAGUGGUUAUGGAUCUACUUGUCCAUCCAGUUCACACAUAACACUCUCCGAUAACAACAGCGAAGAAGAUGAUCAUUUAUUUAAUUAA